GUGCCAGUAUCUUUUGAGGACGUGUCCGUGUACUUCACCAAGACAGAAUGGAAGCUUCUGGAUCUCAGACAAAGGAUGCUCUACAAGCAAGUGAUGCUGGAAAACUACCGCCACUUGGUGUCGCUGGGUGACAAGACCAAGAGCAAGACGACCUCACAGCUGAAAGAUGGCCCCAAAGACCUGGCGGGGGCCGACGGUCAGGGUGGCAGCAAGGGCCAGGUGGCCCGGCGGCCGCAGGAAGCACCUGAGCACCGGUGGAAACAUACCUCUCGUCCACAGACAGGUGCGGGCAGGGGUGGCGACCCCAGAGAGAAAGGCCGGAGCAGCCACUCGGGGGCGGGCAGAGAGCCGCAGGCAAGCGGCCGCGGCGGUAGGCAGGAUCCGGUUCCAAGGCAGCAGGGCUCCAAAGGCGCCGAGAAGCGGUUCCUGUGUCAGCAGUGCGGGAAGUCCUUCAGCCGGAGCUCCAACCUCAUCAAGCACCGGAUCAUCCACAGCGGCGAGAAGCCCUACGAGUGCGGCGAGUGCGGGAAGCUCUUCCGGCGCAGCUUCGCGCUCCUGGAGCACCAGCGCAUCCACAGCGGCGAGAAGCCCUACGCCUGCGGCGAGUGCGGCAAGACCUUCACGCGCAGCUCCAACCUCAUCAAGCACCAGAUCAUCCACAGCGGCGAGAAGCCGUUCGCCUGCGGCGAGUGCGGGAAGCUCUUCCGGCGCAGCUUCGCGCUCCUGGAGCACCAGCGCAUCCACAGCGGCGAGCGGCCCUACGCCUGCGGCGAGUGCGGCAAGGCCUUCAGCAGGAGCUCCAACCUCAUCGAGCACCAGCGCACCCACAGCGGCGAGAAGCCCUACACCUGCAGCCAGUGCCCGAAGGCCUUCAAGGGCAUCUCCCAGCUCAUCCACCACCAGCGCAUCCACAGCGGGGAGCGGCCCUUUGAGUGCAAGGAGUGCGGGAAGGCCUUCCGGGGGCGCUCGGGCCUCAGCCAGCACCGGCGGGUGCACAGCGGCGAGAAGCCCUACGAGUGCAGCGAGUGCGGCAAGACCUUCAGCCGCCGGUCCAACCUCUUCAAGCACCAGGCGGUGCACAGCGAGGAGAGGCCCCACGAACGGGGCGACUGCGGGAGGGCCUUCCGCAGCGGCUCGGUCCUCCUGGAGCGCCGGCGCGACCGCGGCGACAAGGCCUCCCAGGGGAACCCCAAAGCGCGCGGCUCCAAGAAGCUCCCGGAGGCGGCCGGCCCGUCCGACCGGGGAGCCGCCGCGGAGCCCCGCCCCGAGGACGAGAAGCGCGGCCAGACGCCGCCCCCGGCGCCGGCGGCCGGGGUGUCGCGCGGGAGGCCCGGUCCCAAGUGAGGCGCCUCCCGCCCCUCCCCGUGGUCGUCGAUGCGGCCGCCAAGGCCCAGAGACGGCGCCGGGGGCGGCUCCGGGGCUGCGCGCGGGCGGGAUUGCCCCCGCCGUGGAGCUGCUGCCAGUGGGGCCGUGGGCGGGAGGGAGCGGUGCCUUGAGGGAGGGAGGAGCGGGCCCCCUCCCCUCGUGGGGUCUUCGCGUCGCCCCAGACUUGUUAGCGUUUCCAGGGAGAAGACACUGAAAGCACUUUAGUCCUUGACUUGAGAGAAUUCAACGUCGGGGCUCCGCUGCCGGCUUGGCUUGACGGCGCCGUCCCCUAAAAGUCAUCCAGAAGCGGAAUGGGAAAGGGCUCGGGCAUCUGGCUCCUGCUCCCGCUCCCGCAGCAUCGCCAGCCCGAGAGGGAAGGCGCAGGCCGCCCUGCUGUCGCUGAGCCGCGGCCCGUCCUCCUCGCAGGCCUUCGGUCCUUGGGCCUCCCGGCGGCGCCCCCCGCUGCUUCUCGGAGGAGCAGCACCCGGGCCCCAUCCUCGCAGAGCUCAGGGGAUCCCGGGGGAUGGCGGGCCCUGGGCACCGUCAGCUUCUCCUCCCCCAGACAGGGGCCCUUCCGCUCUCGUCCCCCGCAGGGCCCUGCCGCCUUUGGCCUCCUCCCCGCCCACCCGCUGCCUUCAGACCCGGCCCGCGGAGGCCACGCCGGCCUCGCCCCUGCUCCCCGCCCUCAGUGCCUAAAGCUUCCCGCUUAGCUGCUUCCCUCCAGCGGCCGCCCCUGGAGGAAAGCAGGACGGUUAGGAAUUUGCACAGAGCCUGGUAGUGGCUCCCCUCCCCCGCUCGCUUUCAUGGGACAUUCCUCAAACUCUUUGAGGUUCCGCGGCUUCAAUGUGUUUGCGUUCAGAGUGAUGCACGCGUCCAAGACAGAGGUUUUUGCCAUGUGGGAGUGUCAGGGACUCACUCCUUAAACGAGAACCCCUCCACCCCUCUGGGAAGGCCUCAGGCGGGGGAGGUGUGGGCUGGCAAGUCCGAGGCUGUCGCUAGAGCUGGGGCCAGGAGUUCUGCCCCAUGCUGUCCUCAGCCCAGCGCCCUGGUUGGCUCGCCACCUCCUUCGGGCCCUUUUCUGAUUUUCUGGGGGCCCCGGCUCUGUCACACACGGGCUGGGCUGGGCUGGGCUCCCCCCCACCCCAGGGCAGGCAAGGGGGUGUUUGCCAGAGGCCCCGCACUGAGCCUCUGAGAAGCGUGCACACUCCCUGUUGGACCAGGGAGGGUCAGAGACCCCCAGGAAGCAUGGGACAGCCUGGAAACACAGCUGCUAGGACAACUCCAGACGUGAGAGAGAGAUGCAUAGAGAUGAUCGUAUGAAAUCUGUAUAUAGAUGUAGAUGCUUUAUUUAGAUGUAUUACAGUUACACACUUGUGGCUUAUGGAAAGUUCUAGAGUUGUAACCUGCUCUCAUCUCAUAGCCUCCUUCUGCUCUGUGUGUCGUGUUCUGCUCUGAGCCCAGUGCUUGGCACGUCGUGAAUCCUUGCAAAAUGAGUGUUGCUCCCUUAGCACACUGAACUCAAGGUCUAGACCGCAGUCCACCCUGACCUCAUGUUAGGAUGGUGUCUUUGGAUUCCGUGGCAAGGUUGCCGGGAAGCGCGUGUUUAUGUGAGGUGCAGGCCAUCUUUGCGAGGGUGGCAGGAUGGAUCCCCACGCAGGGCCAGGGCCAGUGGCCUGAGGCCCUUUGCUUGGGCUCCAGUCUGGUUUUUCUUCAGCCCCAGCCUGCCCAGGAUUGGGGCAACUGUCAUUACAUAAUGGGCCAGGGAAGGCCGUGGUUCCGUGCGCUCUGCUGUGCAUUUCUAUUGCUGGAGUAAGUGAGUGACUGCGUGAUGACGGGCCAGGCAGUAGCCAGAUUUUAAUGAAAAAGACUUGGCUGUCCCCAGCAUAGCGUCCUCCCAUUGGUUCUACUGGAUGAGCCAACUCAAUUUUUUUGGCCUCACGAGCAGCAUGUGGAACUUCCCAGCCAGGAGUGAGACCUGUGCCACAGCAGGGACUAGAGCCAUAGCAGUGACACCACCAGGUCCUUAACCCGUUGAGCUACUAGGAAACUCCCUAACUCAUUUAUGAUAGUCCUGCAUCGUUUGGUUGUCCAUUCGCGGUCUAAUCUCACUCCUCUCCAUUAGACGUUGACUCUGAUGCCAUGUGAAGUAUUGUUUUCCUUUAGAACCGGUCAUCGGUCACGUGUGCCACAGGAACUGAACGGGUAUUGCCUGGAAUCAGCCAGAGAGCAUCCGGAGAGGAUGCUUGCCUUAUGGUGCCUUGAAAUCGGGGUCCCAGCUGACUGGCUGGAGACCUGCAUGGUGGCCCACACUUGCUCUGUGGCGGACACCUGGAGUGCAAAAACUGAAACUACUUCGGACUUCCCGCCCGCUUUCCAGGCUCCCCGCCUCCAGCGCUGUCCCUGGAAGCCAGCCUCACACCUCUGGGCGGUGAGACGCUGGCCACCCUGAGUGCAUCAUUUGCCCUUUGAAACUUUGGAUGCUCUUUAAGAGCUGUUUAAGCGCUGUGGCCGUAUCUUCACGGCACUGGUACACUGUCCUGAGGGAACGCAUUGCCUUUGGAUGCAAACAGAUAAGGACAGUUCGGGUGUUGGCUUCGAACGGGGCCCUCUGGCGGAGACGGCCUCUCCCGACGGGUUCAAUUAGCUGCUAGCGGUGAGGUGAACGGUCUCAGAUGGAGGUGGGAACCCUAGACAGCAGGUCUGGGCGCCCCUUGGCUGCUUGCAAAGGGAAGGCAGGAACCCAAGGCCACGGGGACACUGCGGCUCCAAGACCAGGAGGGCAGAGGGCAACAUCAGUCCCCUGCAAAGCGCAGCAUGAGCGGUGUCUUAGAACCUUCGCUUCGACUAUCUGCAAAACUUGCUCUGCCUUGCUUUGCAAGGCCGCCAGGCACCUUAAACAAAGACAUGCUGGGGACAGCAGGGUACCAGCGGUGACUCCCUGUGAACCGUUCAGAACAGGCGGGGACCCCACCUCUUCAACCCCCACCCCACCGCCACCACCACCCAGCCUGGGGGACGUGCGAUGCUGAGUCUGUGCCUUGUUAGGGAGCAAAGUGUGACAGGCUUGGUGUGUGUGUGACAAAGUUGUGUGUGGAAUUAAGUAGCAUGUGAGCUCUCGAGCCAGGAAGUUGAGGUCAGGGGGCUUCCGGCGGGCUGGUGGGAAGAACGGGGAGGUGGGGGUGUGUUCGGGAAGCCCAGGAGGGCAGGAGGCUUUCUGGAGGGCAGUCCUGGGCUAAGAGGUCAUCAGAACCAGCUUGUGGAGAGCCAGACGCCAGGCGGAGAAGUUUGGUCUCUGGCUGGUUCCUGAAGAGGAACAAUUUUUUUAAACAUAAAAGAAUGAUUCUAAGAUCAAGGAAGUGAAGAAGUGGAUGCAAAUGAUGACUUCUAGAGGCAUCUGGACGGUUCUGAUGCUCGUAGGGUGUCGACCUGCGGGAAGGGACGGCAGCCGUCCGCCAGGCACGAUGCACUGACAUGAGCAGCCCCCGCUGACACCCACAGGAACCCCCACUUGCCUUGGUACUUAGCUGCUUUCCUCUCAUGCCAGCACCUCCCCCCCCCUUGUGUCUGUGACUUCACACGCAGGGGCCGCCAGGAUUUGAAGCUUCCUGAUUCUUCAUCUUUUUUGACAGCCUUAGAGAAGAAGAAUAGGCAUACAAGCAACUGUGUUAUCUUUAAAGUGGACAAUUGGAUGCGUUUUUGUCAUGUGUGCACCUGUAAAGCUAUCCCAGCAGUGAAGCUGAUGAACACAGGUCCGUCCCCCCAAAAACCAACCAGUGCUGCGGGUGCUCCCUCCUUUCUGCCCCCCCCCAUCCCCACAGUCACAAAUAAAGCUGCUAUGAACAUGCGUGUGCAA